GCUGGGAAUUGGUGUGGUUUUACCAAAGGAGGCUGACAGGAGGAAGAAGGAGAAAGUCGAGAAAUUGGAUGCCGGGAAAGUCAGGAAGUUACACGAGAAAGACAAGAAGAAGGCUGAAAGACUGAGAGAGAUGUUCUACAGAAAUGACGACGUUGAGCAAUACCUACGGGGAGGAUGAGAUAUAAUUUCUACUGGAUUUAUGGAUCUGCUGUGCUUGGAUUUGGGCAUGAAGCUGGUAGUGGUUUUGCAAAGACCCUUCAGUUUUCCUCGGGCCAGAGUAGAUUCCAGCCACCACGUCGCCCAGGAUGUUCCUCGAUCGAAGCAUGUGGCAAGAAGUCGAGUUCGAGGCAGCAGGGACCAGAUCUCAUUACUCCAGAGGAUUGUGGAUCUUCCUCUGUGGUAUUUAGUUGUGGAUAUGCUAAUAAGAGCUGAAGUACUCGAGAAAUUGCAUGGAAAGGAGACAAAGCGAAGGAGGGUUGUAUAUCUGCGCAGGCGGAACAAGACCAAUAGUCUUCGGACACGUCAUAGUAAGGCGAAGCCAGGCAGAAUGCCACUGAUUUUGCCCAGAGAGACUAAAGUGUUCUGUAUAGAGACGCCAGCAGUCAAGUGUGAGAAUUCAAUGAGUUCCUUAUAUCUCUUUGCCGUUUCCGAUACACUUUACGAAGUGAUUGUAAUGUAAAAGAAUGUUCCCUUUUCCCAAAUUCACCACUAUUUGAAUGAUCUAUUAUCUCUUAGGAAAAGCUCUCUCUGUCAUUGAGUGCGAGGACUUCACCGCCUUUUUCUGCCGCACUGCGCUAGCAGAC